AUGCUCAACAUGACCGAGGAGCACGACAAAGCGCUGGAGGCUCCGUGCAGCCCCACCGGCACCACCAGUUCCAUGUCCCACGUGGACUCGGAUUCCGACUCGCCGCUUUCCCCCGCCGGUUCCGAGGGUCUGGGCUGCGCCCCCGCGGCCGCUCCGCGUCCUCCCGGGGCCGCUGCAUUGGGCUCUAAGGUGGACGCGGCCGAGGUUGAUGAGCGCUUUCCCGCCUGCAUCCGUGAUGCCGUCUCGCAGGUGCUGAAGGGCUACGACUGGAGCCUGGUGCCUAUGCCCGUCCGAGGCAACGGAUCGCUCAAGGCCAAGCCGCACGUCAAGCGGCCCAUGAACGCCUUCAUGGUCUGGGCGCAGGCCGCCCGCAGGAAACUGGCCGACCAGUAUCCGCAUCUGCACAACGCCGAGCUCAGCAAGACCCUCGGCAAGCUCUGGCGCUUGUUAAGUGAAAACGAGAAACGUCCCUUUGUGGAAGAAGCUGAGAGGCUCAGGGUCCAGCACAAAAAGGAUCACCCGGAUUAUAAAUACCAGCCCCGGAGGAGGAAGAGCGUGAAAGCCGGGCAGAGCGACUCCGACUCAGGGGCUGAGCUCAGCCACCACGCCAGCUCCCAGAUCUACAAAGCAGACAGCGGGCUGGGGGGCAUGGCUGAUUCCCACCAUCACGGAGAUCACACAGGCCAGACCCAUGGGCCGCCCACCCCACCCACCACCCCCAAAACCGACCUCCACCACGGGAGCAAGCAGGAGCUGAAGCAUGAGGGCCGCCGCCUUGUGGAAAGCGGUCGUCAGAACAUUGACUUCAGCAACGUGGACAUCUCGGAGCUGAGCAGCGAGGUCAUCAACAACAUGGAGACCUUCGAUGUGCACGAGUUCGACCAGUACCUGCCGCUCAACGGCCACGCUGCCAUGCCGGCCGAGCACGGCCCCGGCGCCACUGCCGGCUCCUAUGGCACCUCCUACUCCCACUCCGCCACCGGCACCGCUGGGACCAACCAAGUCUGGACUCACAAAAGCCCUGCCUCGGCCUCGCCGUCGUCGGUCGACUCUGCCCAGCAAAGGCCACACAUCAAAACGGAGCAGCUGAGCCCCAGCCACUACAGCGACCAGUCCCACGGCUCCCCCCCGCACAACGACUAUGGCUCCUACAGCGCCCAGGCCUGCGCCACCACCGCCUCCACCGCCACGGCCGCCGCCUCCUUCUCCAGCUCCCAGUGUGACUACACGGACCUGCAGAGCUCCAACUACUACAACCCCUACCCUGGCUACCCCUCCAGCAUUUACCAGUAUCCCUAUUUCCACUCCUCCCGCCGACCCUACGCGACGCCCAUCCUCAAUGGCUUGUCCAUCCCGCCGGCCCACAGCCCCACCGCUAACUGGGACCAGCCGGUCUAUACGACCCUGACGAGGCCUUAA